ACUCGAGCCGGAAGCAAGUGCAGCAGCCAUGCCCACCACCUGUGUCUUUCAGCUGGAUCGCCUGAAUCCGGUCUACAAUAGUGGCGAGUACAUCAGUGGUCGCAUUUUGCUGCGUACGGACAAGGUGAAGCGAGUCAAUGCCGUAUAUGUAACUCUGGAGGGCGAGGCCAAGGUUCAGUGGUCGAUGAGCGGCAAGAGCGAGACGGCCAACUACUCGGGCCAUCAGCAAUAUUUACACUCCCGCACCAAUGUGUUCGAUAACACCCUCUUCCGGGCCGGCGUCCACGUAUACGUCCUCACCCUCAGGAUUCCCCCGGACUGCCCCAGUACCUGCAAGGGUCCCUACGGCUAUAUAGCCUACACCAUCUCGCUGACCAUCGACAAGCCCUGGGGCUUUGACGAGGUUUUCCGGAAGCCUAUCAACGUGGUGCAGACCCUGGAUCUCAACUACAAUGCAGAGUUUUCACUGCCAGUCAGGGACGAGAACCUGAAGUAUCUCUGCCACUGGCCCUGCAUUUCGGGUCCCAUCUGCUCCACAUUGACCUUGCCCGCCUCCGGAUUCACGCCCCUUCAAGAGGUGCCCUUCCGGCUGGAGGUGGACAACCAAUCGCCACACUACGACAUCAUCGGCGUGGAGGUAUCCAUCAAGCAGCACUUCGUCUUUCUGUCCCGAAAACCCGUGAAGCGGAACUUCUACUCCAAAACGAUAAUCAAGGAGCUGAUCUCGGACCGCACUCUGCGCCUGUCCAAGCGGCAGUACGAGUCCAGCAUCUGUAUGCCCAUGGACACGCCCCGAUCCACCCUGAAUCCCAACUACAUCGUCUUCCUGCACUACACACUGCAGGUAAAGCUGAAGACUGGUUACUUUCACUACGACACGGACCUUUCGGUGCCCAUCAUCGUGGGCACCACCUCCUUGCAACACCUCAGGGACUCGGUUCACACCCAGCAGCCAGUGCGGAGGACGCCCACGCCGGAGAGACAGCGCCUCAUCGAGCGGGUCACUCCCAGGCCGCAAACAGUGGAGGAGGAGUCCGCCGGAGAAACAGAUCCGGCAACCGACGAGCCGCAUCGGGUGAUCGGAGACGACGAGCCACCAUCUUACGACAGUUGCCUGCCGCCCUCUUUCAGUUUUGCUACCUUGGCAGGCAGUCAGCAAACAUUAGGGAGUAACCCCGCAGCUGUCCUGCAGCGUAUUCACUUGCCCAAGUUUCCUGGAUUUUCCACUCUCAUUGGGACAGCCCCGGCCCACGGAAUGGAGGACUCUGGCUUGGAUAUGCACAUCUACAGGUCGUACGGAUCGCUUAACACGGAUCACACAGGCCGGAGUCUGGACACUUUCGGAUCCCUCUGUGGUCCACUGUCCGAACACGUCGAGGAGCAGGAGCAGGAGCAGGAGGCACAAGAUGUGGAUGUGACUGCCCAGGUGCAUCGGCCAACUCAGCGGGCACAAGUUUCAGUGGUCGAGCAGGAUCUACAGGACGAGCACCUGUUCUAAAGCAAAAGUGUCUUAUAUACGUAUUGCCAUCCCCAGUAAUAAGUAACUUAAGUGUUCAAGACUAAGGCUUAUACAGGAUUUUUAGGCCGGAUCCUAGUCCGUCGUUUAGUUUUAGUGAGCUUUCAUUGCGCAAAUUUGUACACUCGCGUACCAU